CUAUUUGAGUGGGGAGCAGCGGAUUGUUGAACAUAGAGCCGCUUUCGUGUCGUCAAUGGGAAGCACGCGCGACGCUGGCAAAGCGAGUUACGGGUCGAGAUUGCAAUCCGCGGCUGCACCAUGCUCUCCAGGUCCAUCCCGUGUCUGUGGAUUACAUUUUGCCUUCACUUAUGCUGUCAUGUAGACAGCGGAGAAGCACAGAAUGCGAAGGAAGUGAUUCUGCUGGACUCCAAGGCACAGCAGACAGAUCUGGAGUGGAUCUCCUAUCCUCCCAAUGGGUGGGAAGAGAUCAGCGGCUUGGAUGAGAACUACACUCCCAUUCGCACAUACCAGGUUUGCCAAGUCAUGGAGCCCAAUCAGAAUAACUGGCUUCGGACUAACUGGAUAGAGAAGGGCAAUGCCCAGAGAAUUUUUGUGGAACUGAAGUUCACCUUGAGGGAUUGUAACAGCCUACCCGGAGUGGUGGGCACGUGCAAGGAGACAUUCAACCUGUAUUACCAGGAAACAGAUUCGGAGGUGGGCAGGAGCCUGCGCGAGAACCAGUAUGUGAAAAUUGACACGAUCGCCGCAGAUGAAAGCUUCACCCAGGGCGACCUGGGCGAGAGGAAGAUGAAGCUGAAUACAGAAGUGCGUAUCAUCGGUCCCCUGUCCCGGCGGGGCUUCUACCUGGCCUUCCAGGACGUCGGGGCGUGCAUCGCCCUGGUCUCUGUCAAAGUCUAUUACAAGAAGUGUUGGUCGAUCAUCGAGAACCUGGCCACGUUCCCGGACACGGUGACGGGAUCAGAGUUCUCCUCGCUGGUGGAGGUCGAGGGCAUGUGCGUGAGCGACGCCGAGGAGGAGGCCGACAACUCUCCCAAGAUGCACUGCAGCGCCGAAGGGGAAUGGCUUGUGCCCAUUGGGAAAUGUAUAUGCAAAGCUGGAUUUCAUCAGAAAGGAGACGCAUGUGAACCGUGCGGUCGAGGUUUCUACAAGUCUUCCUCCCAGGACCUCCAGUGCUCUCGCUGUCCGGCGCACAGCUUGAACGACCGUGAGGGCUCCUGGCGCUGUGACUGCGAGGACGGCUACUACCGAGCCCUCUCCGACCCUCCGUCUGUGGCCUGCACAAGACCUCCCUCUGCGCCACAGAACCUGGUCUACAACAUCAACCAGACCAGUGUUGGCCUGGAGUGGGGCCCGCCGGCGGACACAGGCGGCCGCAACGACGUCACCUACAGGGUCGUAUGCCGGCGCUGCAGCUGGGAUCCCGAGGAGUGUGUUCCUUGUGGGCCCAAUGUGGGAUACUCCCCUGCACAGUCAGGAUUAGUGGACACGUAUGUGACCGUCGUUGACCUGCUCGCCCACGCCAACUACACUUUUGAGGUGGAGGCUGUCAACGGGGUGUCGGACCUGAGUCGCACACAGAGGCUGUUUGCGGCGGUUAGCAUCGCUACUGGCCAAGCGGCUCCGUCCCAGGUCAGCGAGGUCAUCAAGGAGAAAGUGCAGCAGCGCAGUAUCCAGCUGUCCUGGCAGGAGCCCCAGCAACCCAACGGCGUCAUCACAGAAUAUGAAAUCAAAUACUACGAAAAGGAUCAGAAGGACCGGGUGUACUCCACGGUGAGGUCCAGGUCCACAUCGGCCACAGUGAACAACCUAAAGCCCAGCACGGCCUACGUGUUCCAGAUCCGGGCCUUCACCGAGGCCGGCUACGGAACCUACGGCCCCAGACUGGAGAUCACCACCAAGGAGGAGACCACAGCGGCGAUCGUCUCCAGCGAGCAGAACCCCGUCAUCAUCAUCGCGGUGGUGGCCGUGGCGGGGACCAUCAUCCUGGUGUUCAUGGUGUUCGGCUUCAUCAUCGGGAGAAGGUACGCUCUCGCGGGCCCCAUUGACUCUCCGCUCCUGCACUGCGGGUACAGCAAAGCUGAUCAGGAGGGAGACGAGGAGCUCUACUUCCAGUUUAAAUUUCCAGGCACCAAAACCUACAUUGACCCUGAAACCUACGAGGACCCAAACAGGGCUGUCCAUCAAUUUGCCAAGGAGCUGGACGCCUCCUGCAUUAAAAUCGAGCGGGUUAUUGGAGCAGGUGAGUUCGGGGAGGUGUGCAGCGGGCGGCUCAAGCUGCCCGGAAAGCGGGACGUGUCGGUCGCCAUCAAGACGCUAAAGGUCGGCUACACGGAGAAGCAGAGGCGGGACUUCCUGUGCGAGGCUAGCAUUAUGGGACAGUUUGACCAUCCCAACGUCGUUCACCUGGAGGGAGUCGUGACCCGAGGAAAACCGGUGAUGAUCGUCAUCGAGUACAUGGAGAACGGCUCAUUAGACGGUUUCCUCAGGAAACACGAUGGUCAGUUCACAGUCAUCCAGUUGGUGGGGAUGCUGCGGGGCAUAGCAGCGGGGAUGAGAUAUCUCUCCGAUAUGGGAUACGUCCAUCGGGAUCUGGCUGCGCGGAACAUCCUCGUCAACAGCAAUCUUGUAUGUAAAGUGUCUGACUUCGGCCUGUCAAGGGUGAUAGACGACGAUCCCGAGGCUGUCUACACAACAACUGGCGGCAAAAUCCCCGUCCGAUGGACCGCGCCGGAAGCCAUACAGUAUCGCAAAUUCACCUCUGCAAGUGACGUAUGGAGUUAUGGUAUUGUCAUGUGGGAGGUCAUGUCCUAUGGGGAACGGCCCUACUGGGAUAUGUCCAAUCAAGACGUCAUAAAGGCGAUAGAGGAGGGCUACCGUCUUCCCGCCCCAAUGGACUGUCCGCCAGGCCUGCAUCAGCUAAUGCUGGACUGCUGGCAGAAAGACAGAGCCGAACGUCCCAAAUUCGAUCAGAUAGUUGGCAUCCUUGAUAAGAUGAUCCGCAACCCUAACACCUUGAAAACCCCAGUGGGAACAUGUACAAGACCAAUUAGUCCACUGUUGGAUCAGAGCACACCAGACUUCACCGCUUUCUGCUCAGUGGGAGAGUGGCUGGAAGCCAUCAAGAUGGAGCGAUACAGAGACAACUUCACAGCGGCUGGCUACAGUUCCCUGGAAUCUGUGGCCAGGAUGUCAAUCGAGUGUGCUGGGGACGACAGAUUGGAACAAGCUCACACAAUCGAUAAUAUAACCUGUGAAUGACCUGGAAUAUCAUGCAGGCAUUAUGAAAGACAUUAUAUUGGGGACGUGAUGAGUUUGGGGAUCACGCUGGUGGGCCAUCAGAAAAAGAUCAUGAGCAGCAUACAGACUAUGAGAGCCCAGAUGCUGCAUCUCCACGGCACGGGUGUCCAGGUGUGACCGACUGUGACGGGCCGAAGCGAAAACACAACGUAUCUGGAGCAGUGCCUGGGACCGAAGUGGGAUAAUAGUCAAAGUAAACGGACAUGUGUUCUGUCUGACUCGUCCGGCUGUGUCUGGAGUGAAAUCAUUCCUUUGUUCCUCAGUGAAGGAUUGUGGUCCGCCUCUUUAAAGGGCACUAAAGAAAGGAGAAGGUCAAAAAACAGCAACAAAAAAAGAAACUACCUGGACGAGAUGACUUUCUUUUUUCUUCUUCUUUUUUUCUAUUUGUUAUUCUAGAAGCGCUUAUGAACUCAAUCACAUAUCAAAUGGCGCAUUGGAAGGGAGUUUGACGCUUCUGUUUUCUUUCACUUAAUGAAUGAUUUAAGUGCACACCGAGGCUAUGGAUUUCCUUCAAAAAGAACAAAAAAUAACUACUUGUCUACUUGCGGUGGUUUCACUUGUUCCUUUUUUCUAAUUUGUUCAUUUUCUUUCUGUCUGCCACAGUGACAUGUUGUGGCUUGUGUGGCAGGUUUUUUUGGACUUGACAACAGGGUAAACUCUCUUUUAUCCAAACAUAGAGGGAACUUUUUAGGUGCAGAUUCAAAGGUACUUUUUGUGCUGACACAUGCUGGACUGUUUGAACUGUUUGCAGUGACUCGUGUUUUCCUUCAUGUGCUGUUGAAGUGAAAAUGGUAUCCUCACAUGCUUGUUUGCAGCCUACAGGAGUGGGUUUUUGACGUGAUUUCAACCUUUUAAUUCUUUUUAUUGCAGAACUUUCUGAAGAGUGCAACACUGAACAGACUUUUAUAUCAGAGUAGCAAUAUCCUUUUUCUUAGUGUUCACUACAGGAAACGCAGAACAGUUACUUGGUUAUUGAGUAGAAUGUUGAAAGAUUUUAUUGAAAUUGAAGCCACCGCACAUUGUUUUGCCGUCAUUUUGCCUAAAAUGUUGCACACACAGUGUUUGUUUUGGUGCUUUGUUCAGCUGCAAAUACAAUUCUUUAAGGGUGGAUCCAAGAAUGGUGUAGACGUAAUACUGCCUUAAAAUGUGUUAGAUGAAGUAUUGCCACUAUUGUAGGCACUUCAAUGGCAAUGCUUUCUGCAUUCAUUUAAAGGGUGGACAAGCUCCCUACUUUUAUGUUUUCCUUGUAGCGUGAUGUCUUUUUAUCUGGAACUUGAACUGGUUAAAUUGAGUGCACAGACACGGUUUAAUGCCACAAGUGACACAGUCAGCAGAAGGAGAGGCGGACUAAACAGAGCAAUAAUUACCAGGUAGAAAUGGUCCUGACGUGAGAUUUUAAGGUGCUAGGUUUUAUCGUAUGUGAGUUCUGUGCUGAGACAAACCCUUUCGAAAGAUUCCGUCACCGCCGGAACGGAAAGGAAAGGAAAGAAACUCUUUGACCUAAAAACGGUUUGAAAAGUGGUCAGAAAACAGCCGUGCCAAGUCAUCAAAUGAAAUCAUCAUGUUGUGUUUUGCCACUAUGAUAUGCGAAACGUUUGAUGGGAAUCUAACGCGGCAUGGAAAUGUUGACUCGAGUGGCUACAGAGAUGAAAGAGGCACCAUUAGAAACACUAGGAAGGUGCCAAUUAGUCAUGCGGACAUCAUCUUCCGACACCAACACGCUGUCCACCAAUCAAAUAGCCCCUUCAGGGUAUGGGUCUGAAAAUGUCGGACCAACCGAUGGACCUGGAGUCAGACGCAGAUCGUGCUGUUACAUCCCACCAUCCCAGUUCUGUAGGCCGCCAUGCAGCUCCCCUGUUUAUUCAUGCGUCUCUCCCACUCAUCCCUCACAGGCGUAGAUGUGACAGAACAUGCAUUAUAGUGUCUCUUAAGAUUGCUCCACUUUUCUUCCAUAAGGCGUUGUAUGGGGAACAGAGACGAGGGGAGACUUUGCAGAAGAUGUGCUAAAAGCCAAUCAACCUAUUCAGUGCCAUCUGUCUCCACAUCACAUCCAAAAAAAGGAGAAAGUUUCCAUGUUGAGGAUGUUUUAGUGCAGUAUUCUUUGAUAAGAGAAUGCAGUUAUUCAGCUGUCAUGUAAAGAGGAGUGGUGUUCUUAGAAGGGUAACCAUUACGACCAUAUUUUCUACUGCUGCUGCAACCUGAGAUAAAUCAAUUUUUUUCAAAAACACGGUAAUUUCUUUCAACAGUUUUCAAUCUCAAAUGAAAAGAAAAAGCAUAACCACAUCAGGAAUCAUCAGCCUUGACCUCACUGACAAACAGUAGAACAAUGACUAGCUUUCUCCAUUCUCUCCAUUAUCUCAAAAACUGCAUCCACAAUAAGCCAGCUACAUUUAAAAACACAUUUUUCUGUCCGUUUUGGCCCAAUGUCCCGACUAAUCUGGUUCAGAGCCCUUAGAAAAGGGUCUCCAGGGUGGAUACAUGUGAAAGGUGAGGGAAAGAUGUAGGCCUGCCAAGACACUAUUGAGUAAAGUCUGUCACCUAUAACGGUGUAGCUAUAAUCUUGAAACAGAUUUAAAAAAAACAGCAAACAUGCACGGCUGCAAAUACAGAUAUCUUCAUAUACGUUUGUCUGCACAGUUAUGCUUUUUGGGCUCUGUGCAGACCUCACGAACCCCUGGAACGCAGACAGUAUAAUUUGGCCAUAAUCUUCUCUGUGAUCGCUGAUUUUAAAUGGUAAUGUAGCUCAUCACACAAUACAGGUGUUCUCAUUAAUCCUGUUUAUCUUGAUAACGUUGCAAUCAUAACAUGAUGAUUGGGAUUCAACUAACGAGUGUUUUCAUUAUAAAUGACUCUGCCAAUUAUCUUCCGUAAAUCCAUUGGUCUAUAAAAUAGGGAGGACUGCCCAUCACAUUUUGUCAAAGCCCAGUUUACAACUUAACUGUCCAAAAUCCAGAGAUAUUUAAUUAACUAGCACAGAGGACUAAAACAUCCAGCAAUAUUCACAUUCAGAUCACAACCCGUGAGUUUUUGGCAUUUUUGCGUUAGUCAGUUAUACACUUUCUGUUUUAUAUUCAUUAACUAAUUAUAUCAGCUCUGGAUCUCAUUAGCACAGUUGCAUAGGAAUCACUGCCUUUUUAACAGGUAAUAUUGAUAAGCUGCAAACAAAUCAAUAUUUUAUACUUGUUCUAUUGU